AUGCGAUCUGAUAAUCCUAGGAAGAUCUUACCCUUGCCCACGCCAGCCAACUCGACUCCUACUGUUGAGAAAAGUCCGCCGCCAUCGGCUUCACGGCAUGGAAGUCAUGGUAGCGAUGAUAUCCGGCCCCUGGUUCUCUCGACGAGCCACAUGGAUCAGGACACGUCCCUACCUUGGUUUAGUGACGACUCGAUCAAUAGCAUGCCCGGCCUGUGCCUCGACUGGGCUGCCGAGUUCGGCAAUAUCAUGCAGUUUGAUACGGCGGCAUCUCUGGACUCUAUGAGCCAGGGCGAGGCAGUCUCGAUAUCUCCGCUCGGACAUGACGGUGGCUCAAUCGACAUGGCGAUGCAGAUCCCAUCCGCUCCAGUCAAUGCACUGAUGUUUGACUCAGGAACUGCUGGAAACGCUGGAAACGCUGCAGAUACAGAGGCCGGAGCGUAUUCAGCAGGUUAUACGCCUGCACCUCAAUCAGGCCAGGACAUGGACCAACUGGCCAUGUUCAAGCAGAUCAUGCAACCGCCGGCAGCUAUGUUAAUGGGUGGGAUCCGGAGGUGGCGACACCUGCAGGAAUAUCUCCUCGGCCUCGGAUCGAAGAACAGCGCCAUUAUGAAUGCCCUGCUUUGCCUUGAGGCAGUAUUGGCUCAAGAUGACGAGGAUCAGGCUCCGGCUUCUCCGCGUACCAGGGAGCGAAUCGCAGACCGGUACGAAACUGCGAGGAUGUACGUGAUAAAGAAGACAUCCUUGGCCGCGGGGAUCAGCGGCCAAGAGUCUGAUGAACUCCUUGCUCUGGUUUACCUCUUGGCCUGGAUCCGAGUCAUUUAUGACAGAGGGACAGAGCUCAACGAGUACUCGUUUCCUAGCGAGCAUGCAGAAAUCAUCAUCACAAGCAACUGCAAGUGGAACUGGUACUCUCGACAACUCCUUUCGGCUUUCAACUCCCUCGACAGCAAGGCGACGCAUCUGGGCGGGCCACCACUGCUCUCGCCCAAGGCCCUGGCCGUUGUCUCCUGCUAUCCCAUCCAAAUUGUCAGCUGCGAGUAUGGGGAAGGGAAGGACAAGCCCCUCAAGGCCGAGACGGAUUGGAGGAAGGCCUCUUCAGUGUCGGACCUCUCGGAUCACGGCGACAGUGCAACCCUGGUCCCUUCACUCACUACAGCUGACGUCAAGGAAAUCAUCCUCCGGGCCAUAUUACAGCCAGCUUCAGAGUGGUAUUUACAAACACAAUCCUACUUCCGCCACAUAGGAUCGCUCGACAAACACCACCGCUCGAGAUUCACGCCCGAUGACGAACUAGAGGUAGCUGUACUUGGGAAGCAAUAUCAAAGCGAGCUCUUGGAUUUGUGGGCGCAGAGACCGUCGGCCAUAUCCCUCACCGCGGUGGAUAUCUCAAAGACAUUGGCAAAGGAUGUGGCGGUCCGCCUCGAGGAGGUUUUCAGCGUGUAUCUCGCAAGCUAUUGGGUUCUCUUUCUCUAUCUGCACCGGGUCUGCUGGUGGCACCUGGAACCCACUGCGACAGUCCAAAUGGCAGCAGAUAAGACGUGGGACCUCUUGCAGCAAUCAUAUAGCGAGCUUGACCGCUGCAAAACUGUUCACCCGGCUCUCAUGUGGCCGGUCUUCAUCUUUGGCGCAGAGUGCUCCGAUGAACAGAGACGGAAGUGGGCAGUGGAGCAAAUCAAAGGCUUAGCCAGGCCUCGACCUGUACUUGAGCUGGAGGCCGGCAACCCGGAGACGUUACCUGCCUUUCGCUUAAGCCGCGGAGCAACAAAGAAUUCCAAGAGGGCUGCGCUCCUCCUGGAAGCUCUGAUCAAGAGGCAGGAAGCCAUCGGGACGCGUGUCGAUGAGCGAGACUUGGCCAUGGAGAUGUUUGGAUGUCAUUUCUCAAUAGUUUAG